AUGUCCUCUCCCCAAAAUGUCGAGCGAACGUCCAUCAUCAUCUGCGGCGGCGGCCCAACAGGCGCCAUGCUCUCCGCCCAGCUCAGCCAACUCAGCAUCCCCAACAUCGUCCUCGAACGCGAGACCGCAAUCAUCACGGAUCCGCGCGGCAUCGCCCUAGACGAAGAUGGCAUCCGCGCCAUCCAAAGCAUCGGCAUGCUGGACCGCAUGUAUUCGCGCAUCGCGCAUUGCCAGCAGGCGAGAUUUAUUGCCGGGGCUGGACAUACGCUUCACAAGGAGCCGUUUUUGAUGCUCGAUGUGGCUUCUAUUGGGUAUAGUGGGCAUGUGGGGUUUGUGUUUCAUCGGCAGCCGGAGUUGGAGAGGGCCAUUCGGGACGUUGUUGCGAAGUCGCCCUGUGCGGAGUUGAGACUUGGCUGUGAGGUGACGUCAAUUGCUGAGAGCGAAGGCGAAGUGGUGGUGGAUUACGUUGAUUCUCACGGUGAGACGCGGACGCUCUCGGGCAGCUUCUUGGUGGGUGCAGAUGGCAAGACGGGCUAUGUGCGGAAGAAGUACCUGGAGCCCCGGGGGGUGGACUUGGAACGCUGCGAAGGUAUAGACUACAACGAAACGUGGGUGGCACUGAAUUGGCAUAUCCGGCUGCCCACGCCGCAAACUCAUCCCGACUUCCCUCUGUGGUCGAAAGGGUACACGCCUGAACAGGUCUACGAUGCCUUUUUCCCCAAGGACUUUCGCUUUCUCUGCAAUCCUUCCCGGCCAUCGGUCUGUGGACGCUUCGGGCUCGAGCGGGAUCGGCUAUGGCGUUUUGAGUUUGUGGUACAGCCGGGUGAGGAUGCGCAGCAGAUGGCGACGUAUGAGUCCACGAGCAAGAUCAUCAUGCCCUAUCUCACGCACCACGGUUCGCGGUACGGGCUCCAGCAACGCUCCAUCCAGUUCCCGACAGACUGCAUCGAAACGCUCCGAUCACGGCCAGUGAACUUCCAAGCUCGCUGCUGCAACAAAUGGGCGCUCGGCCGUGUGAUCCUCGCCGGUGACGCUGCGCAUGUGUUUCCUCCCUUUGGCGGGCAGGGCAUCGUAUCGGGGUUCCGAGACAGCGCAGCAUUGGCAUGGCGAUUGGCACACCUCCAUCGCCAUCCACAUGCGGACCCUGAGAAGGUGUUGCAGACGUGGUAUGAAGAGAGGAAGCAGCAGCUCACGCAUUCGAUUGCUGUGACGGUGCAGAAUGGAGAAUUCUUCAACAAUAAGAGCAUUCUGCACACCGUGAUGCGUGACUGGGUGCUUUGGUCCAUGCAGAAAGUGCCGUUUUUGCGGGAGAAGAUUCAAGGCGGGAACCGUGUGCUACCACGGUAUCGGCACGAGCCUGGCUUCAUCUUUAGACCAGAGCUUGGGGGCGGCGUGCUCCUUCCGCAGGUCUACUGCCGCCGAAUCGAUGGCCGAGGAAGUGAAAAAGUCGAGUUUACGGACGACUUGUUCUUCAGCCAGUCGAAUACCGGUUUGCUGCAGUGGAUCGUGCUGUUGGAUACCGUCCAAGAACUCGCUUUGGCCAGAGAAGACAUAUGCGCAGUGAUCAAGUCGAAUCAUGAUUUGGUGAGGGAAGACCAGGCGGUCUAUCUGGUGCAUUAUAUCAAAGCUGUCGGCGUUGCAGCUAACGACCUGAUGCAAGACUGCAUUGUUGCUCGGAUAGCAUCUGCUGCGGAGUUCGAGGCAGAUCCAGUGGUGUCGAAGUGCAGUCCAACGACCAGGAACUAUGAUCCAAUGCAGAUCAAGAAGUCUUUACGACCACGGGCCAGGUACUUGCUAGUGCGCCGAGACAGAUACGUCUAUGCGGCAUGCGUCGAUCGGGAGGAACUGCGAAGAGCCGUGGUAUCACUGCCGGAAGCUCUAGCAUUUCCACAAGCCAGGUUGUGA